UGUCGGCGUACAUCAUUAAUUACGUGGCCAUGUUUGAAAUCGAUCUCUUUGCAUCGAGCAACCGUCGUAGACACAUCGAUAGAUAUCGCUCUACGCAUUUUAUGUAUCUUCUGCUUGUCGUAAAUGAGUCUCAUGCGUGAAUAAAUAUGGAAUGGAAGUGCCGAAAUAGCGACGUGCGACUGUCGAGACGAAUCGUAGAUACACAUGCUAGAGCUUGCGACACCGAAGAAGCUGCUGCAUUUUAACGUGCAUGGACACAAUAUAUCGGAGGUUCAGAUUCAGGCGAAGUUGCCUCAGAGAUCUAAUAGAGCUUGCAGCCGUGGCGAAAGCGUCUGCGAUUCUGGUGGUGGCGGAUGCAGUAUCGAAGGAUUCGAUUCGGGCCAAGCAGAGUCGGCUCGAAGAAUCGAAAUCAGAACGCGGCCGACUCUGAGUCGACAGGGUCUCGUAGGAUUUAGAGACUGAAAGCGAAAGAAAGAAGUCGUGGAAGUGGUGGGAAAAGAGAGACGUUACUAAAGGCAAUCAUCAUUUACAAGACUCGCAAUGAGUUCAUAAUUUCGGCCCUGGGCAUUUCCGAUACAGAUCAUACAUGUGCCGAUCCUGAUAGCUCGCCUCGAAAAAAUCUACAAUGCUUUGGACGCGUCGAUUGUUGACAUUUCUCAACCGUCAUUGUCGGGCGGCGACGGGUGACGGUUGGCGCGCCGUGACGUUGUCGUUUUUGUUGAUUGUUUUUGUACUGCCGUGCGGCGCGUAUGAUCGGAUUAUUACGUCUCGAGCCGGCGAGCGAUACUCAUCCGCGACGCGGAGCACCUGUACGUGGAACAAUAGACGUUCUCGUCGAACUUUGAAAUAUUUAAUCGGGUCCUCGUCGGCAUCGCGUUAUUUAACACGUGCAUUUUUCGGUCGAAUCGUACCUACGCGAGUGCAAGUGUCCAUGCAAGUGCCACGACGGAGCAGCCAAGAUGGAGUUAGACAGGAUGUUGGAUCAGAAAGCCGGACGGAGGAAGCAGAGCGCCAACGAUUCAUCAGACGUGGUCAACGAUUCAUCAUGUAUUUCCAGACGAUGAGUGUUAAAUCGCUGCGAAGCAUCCGACCAUGGAGGACAUUCUACGCCACUGCGUCAGGGUCAGAGGAAACCAGCGCGCACAGUGACAGUGAGAAACAAAAUCGAGACCCGGACGUGAUCGCAGACAGCGUCUCGAAUCGAGAUGCAAAGCCGUUUUAAUGCGGUUUCGUCCAUACCGUACCGUACACUAGCGGCCAAUCACGCGUGGCAGCGUCGAAUCCUACCGCGGAUAUUCGCGUUUAUCGGCGUAGCGCCGAACGCUCCGCGUUCGGCGGACUCGAUAAACCGUAUGUACCAUGGAUCAAGAGGAGGAGGAAGAGAAAGAGGAAGAGCAGGAGGAGGACGAAGAGGAGAGUGCACCGUAUUAUAAUGCCAUUGCAGACGUGGCAUUAGCGUAUCGCCCGGCUGCAUCUCGAUCCCUUCGACCGUCCGUUCCUUCAUCGGUUACUUUGUAAUCCCGCGCGCGGAUACCACCUUCGGAUACUGCCUGCUUACCGGAGCUUCGGGGUCCGAUGUAAAUAACGGGAAGCGACUUCCACUCUUCUGGCCUCCUCGCGCUGCUCCUCUUCGACCGCGACCUGUCGGCCGCGGGAUGUCUCCGGGGUACGAGCGAGCGUCCGUCGACAUCUCGGAGUCGUCGACGGCUAGACGAUUUAUCCCUACCCUGUGGAGCGCCGAUAAUUUUCAUCGGUCGAUAACCGGGCAAGUCCCUCGAGCGAGCGAAUAGUAUUGUUCGUGACGCGGUAUCGGCACAUUGUUAGCGUGAUAUCGUAAUUUGAGGAUACUCGUCUUGAGUACGCGGCGCUCCUUCGCAUAAACCUUCGAGAUUCCUGAUAAGUGCAUUUUAUACGUUCAAUCAAUUACCGGAAGAUACUCGUAAGGCGACGUUUGAAAAAGAUCUAUUUUGACGGAACUUUGAAUAUAGAAUACGAUAGGAUAUAGAAUAUGCGAUAGGCAAUAUAAUAAGAAGUAUGUAUUUUUUUUAUGUUUUUUUCUACGUUUAAUGGUUGAAACGGACUUUCGAGGUCCGUUUCUUCUUUAUAAGAAGUUUUAUGAAAAAAAACAUUUUAUUAUAUUUCAUCUACUUUUCAUUUGUAUAAAUUUGAGGUACGAAUAGUAAUUAUACAUAGCACAUUAUAAGAACGCCCUUCUUCUAUGUACUGUGUGCAUAGAAAACGGGAUAGACGCAAUGUAUUUGUAUCUACUUCAGCAUUCAUAACUUGUAUCACUAAAUUAGAUUUGUCCUUAUUAUUUUUUCUAUUAUCGUUAUUACCGUUAUCGUAUUGUAAUAUAUAAUUCAAUAAUAUAUAACUUAUUGAAUACAAAA